GGUAAAACAAAAAACUGGCAGCAUCUCAAAAAUCUCGUGUAUUUUAGUACUGCUCGAGUGCGUCAUUCGAACCGUCCUUCGAAAAGUUUCCACCUCUGGCAGCCAUGGCCGCGGCUUUGGAGUGCUGGUCGAGCCGGGCAAGCACCGAUGAGGACAUGGUAGAGCAGGUUCUGAUGCGAACCAACAACAGAUCCGAGUGCCCGCCGGAAAACAACCCCUCCUCCUCCUCAUCUUCCGCAUCUGCCGCCGCCGCCGCCGCCGCCCUCCGGGAGUCCUCGGCUUUCCAGAAGCGCUUCCAGAGGCUGAGCCGCAACGUAUCGGAGGCCAUUGCUUCGCUUAAGAACACUCUGAACCUCGAUUCGCCUCGUGAGCCGCCGGUUUCCGGCCCCUCCGGCUGCCGGAGGCACGUGUGGGGAAGUGUGGUGCGGAGCUUGACGCAGCUGUACCCCGGCAGCCAGCUGCCCGAGAAGUUGGUCUCCAAUAUCCGCAAGCACUACGAUUCCUUGCCCCUCAGCUAUGCACAAGCUGGAUUUGAAAUGAAAGAUGUAUUUCUGCACAUAAAAUUGAUAGAACAAGCAUCGGCUAGUGACCAGCCAGCGAUUAUGAUCCAGGAUAUGUCGGAUGAAGAAAGAAAUGUGAAUGCGAAUGUGUUUAAGCUUACAUUUGCUUGUAACUCUGCUAUUUCAUGGCCAUCCAUGUCAGGGACAUUAGACAGUUCUUCAAUUUGCUGCAAGAAGUUGCAGAUCUUUGAGAAGAAAGGGUUCACUCUUGGAGUUGUUGUGCUGUCAGUUCAUUCGGGACAGGAUAAGACGAUCAGAACCCAGAUCGAGAAUGCACUUAAAGCAGCAUUAAAAAGACCGAAAAACAAUCCCAUAAAGCUUCCCUUCGGACUCUGUGGAUGCCAAGAUCAGAGGACUAAAGGGAGAGAUCCAGUGGCCAUUGACGAAGAUUGCAGUGCUGAUAAUAACAACAGGCAUGGAGGAGAGAAUUCAGAAUCAAUCCCUAGGUUAAUCAUGCCUUUGCCCGAUGACUCGAUCGUGGUUUCUGUGGAUGAGUGGCAAACCGUGACUUCUGGUCGAGAUGGGAUCGGGGGAUGGUUGCUAAAUCACGAUGCUGUUGAAAUUACAGAUUCGAUUGGGCCAAAUACAUUCAAGGGGAUGUAUAAGGGGAAAAAAGUGGGGAUCGAGAAGCUGAAGGGGUGUGAUAAAGGAAAUGCUUAUGAGUUUGAGCUGAGGAAAGAUUUUUUGGAGCUGAUGACCUGCGGGCACAAGAAUAUCUUGCCUUUUCAUGGUGUUUGUGUCGAUGAGAAUCAAGGGUUGUGUAUCGUGACUAAGCUGAUGGAGGGAGGAUCGGUUUAUGAAUUGAUUCUGAAGAACAAAAAGCUUCAGAUGAGAGAUAUUCUGAGGAUCGUGAUGGAUGUUGCGGUGGGAAUCAAGUUCUUGAACGAUCAUGGAGUCGCUUAUCGGGACUUGAAUACACAGAGGAUACUGUUGGAUAAACAUUUGAAUGCUUGCUUAGGGGAUGUGGGAAUAGUUGCGGCUUGCAAUAGUGUUGGUGAGGCUAUGGAGUAUGAAACUGAUGGUUAUAGGUGGCUAGCUCCAGAGAUAAUCUCGGGUGAUCCAGAAAGUGUAUCCGAGACAUGGAUGAGUAACUCAUAUAGUUUCGGGAUGGUAUUAUGGGAAAUGGUGACUGGAGAGAUAGCUUAUUCAGCUUAUUCGCCGGUGCAAGCUGCAGUCGGGAUAGCAGCUUGCGGGCUCAGGCCCGAUAUCCCAGAAUCUUGCCCACAUAUCCUUCAGAAUCUCAUGAUAAACUGCUGGAACAAUUGCCCCUCAAAACGCCCGCAAUUUUCUGAAAUCAUUUCAACUCUGUCGAGCCUUAACACAGGGAAAUAUGGCAAGAAAAUGGGGCCAAAAUGUGUGGAUUUAGCUUUAAGCUUUGAAUACUUUGCCCUUGAUUAUGCUGAGUGCACUCAAGAAAAGUGUUGCAAAACUUGACAUAAAGUUUUGGUACAAGUUAAGUGAAAGUAUAGUGGUUGAAUUUGAAAUAUGUUUGUUAUAUAAUUAUGUCUAUGUCUAUCUCAAUCAGUGAAUCAAUCCUUGUGUUUGUAUGUUGCAUAGCCACAAAUGCUGCAUUUUAGCAGCUCGGACAGUUAAAAGAGGUGGACUCGCCAUAUUUUUUUUAAUAAAAAUAUUUACUUGUGCAAUUAAAUUAGAUGUUGUUAUUUAUGUUUAUUAUUUUAUU